GUUGUCCUGUGUGUUUUUUCCUUCUCGCUACUCUGAGAUCAGUAUGCUGUGCAUCUUAGAAUGACUGCGGUUGUUUUUUGAGAAAGGAAGACUGACCCCAGGUCUAUCCAGAGCUGCCCAGUGAAGAGAGUUACUGUUACAGCUGGGUGAAAAAUGAUCCAGGGUGGUGGCCAUAUGAGGAAGUACACUGGAGGAGAGGGAAGGGGUGGAGAUAGGAACCUGAGGAAGCUCUUAGUGAAGCGCUAGUGUUAGUGUUGGCGUGUGUGGGUGUAGAGGUCAAGUAGCAGAAUGGGUGGCGGAGAGUGUGUGUCCACCCUGAAGGCGUGCAUGCGUGGUGUGUGUAUGCAUGGGGGGGUGACGUAUAUCGUGGUGCAUUGACUUUGUACGCAUAGCAGUCUAGUCUGAUUUAGCAAGCUAGCUGCAGUAGUGGGUCACUGCUGAUUUAAAUUUGUAGCUUGUGCACGCUUGCUCUUUAGUCGCAAGUCACUGUAGGUUCAAAGGUCUGCGGUUGCCUUGUGUAACUUCAAAAACACGGCAAGACAAAGGCUGGGAAGUCUGUCUCUCACUACUAGCGCAUGCUUGUGUAGCUGCAAACAGUUAGCGGUUGCUUGCAGAGUGAGUGGGCGGACAUAGAGGAGACGAUGGAGCUGAUCACUUUACCGGCCCUGCGCCGCAUGGCUGUUUGCGGUGGUACCCAUGGCAAUGAGAUGUCAGGAGUUUUUCUGGUCCCUGAGCUCGAGAGACAGAGGAAAGAGAAGGGGGAUGCAAUAUGGCCUGUUCCUUUGACCACGGUGCUGUCCAACCCUCGAGCCACCAAAGAGUGCAAGCGAUAUGUGGAUAAGGACCUGAACCGCUGCUUCACCAAUACUAUCCUCAGUUCUCCCAUCACAGACUCCACUCCUUAUGAAGUUCGGAGAGCUCAGGAGCUGAACUCUCUGUUGGGUCCUAAACAAACCGAUGAUGCCGCAGACCUGAUCUGUGACCUCCAUAACACCACUGCUAACAUGGGCCUCACCGUCAUCUCCUACUCACACACCAACUGGAUCUGCCUGCACAUUUUCAAAUACCUGCAGGAAAAAAUAACCACAGUGCCUGUGAGACUGGUCUUGCUGAAUAUUCCAAUCUGCGAUGCUUAUUCUUUGGAGUCCCUGUCCAAGUAUGGCAUUAGUUUAGAGGUUGGCCCACAGCCACAAGGCGUCGUCAGGGCAGACAUCUUUAAUGCCAUGAAGGAGGGAGUUAAUGCCGUUCUGGACUGGGUUAAAAACUUCAACUCAGGAGAAGUAAUUGAAGGAGGGGAUGUGGAAGCUUUCAUGUUUGAAAAGAGUGUAGAUUACCCCCGAGACCCAGAGACUAAGACCCCCUCAGCUGCCGUCCACCCUCAACUGCAGGAUCGAGACUUCUGUCUCCUCAAACGUGGAGAUCCCAUGUUCCUCACCUUCUCUGGAGAGACAGUGAGGUACGAAGAAGAAGAGCCACUCCAUCCUUUCUUCAUAAACGAGGCUGCUUACUAUGAAAAGGGAAUUGCCUUCCAUCUGGCUCAAAAGAGGACCUGGACUAUUCCGAGCAUACAAGCAAAGAAAGAGUGAGAGAGAUUCUAAAGAGGGGUCAUGAAAACAGGGGUGCAGGAGACGAUCUACGCACAAAAAUGCCAAAAUCAUGUCUUAAUUUAGUAGAUCGUGUGAGUUUGAGCAGCAGAAAACACUUGUAACUGCAUAAACGUGUCACCAGUUUGUAGAUCGGCUCAUGUUAAUUGGGAAUCUGUAAUUUAUGCGCUGUCAUGUGAAUCAUGAAUUUGCAUAAUUAACACCCCUCUCUUACUAAUGCCAUGUAAAGUCAGAAACCCGGCCUUAUUAAGUCAUUUUGCAGGGAUAUUGACAAUAUUGCAAUGUUAAAGGGCCCAUAUCUUACUCUUUUACAUUGUAUUUCUUCCCCCGAGGUCAUAAUUCAUUUUUAUAUGACAAUUUCCAACCUCUCUUUAUCCCUUAGAAUUAAACAGCCUGUUUUUUUUUUUACCAUGCUUUAUAUGUAAAUGAGCCCUGUUCUGAUUGGCUGCCCUGUACUGUGUAUUUUUCACAAACAAGGGCUGAAAUACUUCCCAAUAUGGGCCUUUUAAAUAAUAGCCUUAACAGACAAUUUAUAUGAAAGUUAAUAUUCUAGUAAUUAAAUUAAAAAUUUUAGUUUGAGUUUUAUAUCCAAUUUAUUUUUUUCUUGCUUUUGCAUACGACAGACUACUUGCAUUUGACUCAUUAGACUGCUCCAAACUUUUAUCCUCGGCCUAAAAAAAAAUUCUGUUUCUUUUUAGAUAGUCCCCCAUAGAUUAACUACUGAUGUAGUUGUUAACGAAGUAACUGUUGAAAAUCUGAAUUGAUUCUAAACGGUGGUGGGGUUAGAGUUUGUAUUUGGACCAGGGUUAGGGCUAGGACCAGGGUUGAGGUUAAGGUAAGCCAGGUUUAGAGUUUAAAUUAUGGUCAGUUUAAUAGAUCUUACCUGAAUGUAACUUGAAAGCAAAUUAAGUAUCUACAAAGCAUCUAAAGUGGACUGUCCAAAUAAUAGUGUUGCCAAGAAUUCCAAUUACAAUAGUACUUAUGAAAGCAGCGAGUAUGACUUGGUGCGUGCAUGAGGCCUAAUGUAUUUGAUAAUUUGAUCCUCAGUACCGAUGUUCUCUUACAAACCACAACCUUAGGUAUAUUAAUCUUCUAAUACUGUGAUUAUUAUAGGCAUUAUUAUAGAUGGUACGAUCAGUCAGUUUUCUAUAAGAUGCCCUAUAAAGUGUAAUGUAUCACUUGAAACGUACAAUUUUAAACAUAACUUCAUUUUUACACUCAAUUCUUCACCAAAUGAAGUCACCAAAUAAAUAUUCCACUAGAAAA